CCUGUCUAUAUUGCUUGAACAGGCAUCAGGAGUUAUGAAGUUGAAUGAAAAAUUAAAUUGAAGGUGGACGAAGGAAGGAGUUUUUCUUAAAUGCAAUUCUCACUGUGCAAAAAUUGUAAGGGUUAUAGGUACUGGAACCCAAAAGCACGACUAACAACGGAAUGCAGGAGGAGGCAGUUUACUGUGUAUUUCAGGCAGGGUCAAAACCAGGUAAUCAGUCCAACAAAUCCAAAAAGGGGCAGGCAAAAUCUUGAGUCGGGUAAACAGGCAAAUCGGGUCGUAACAGGCAGGUCAGGGAGAAACUCUAAUAACGCUGGAAGGUUUGGCGGUGACACACAAGACAAUCUGGCAGAGGACAAGUGGAAGUGAGGGAGCUAAAUAGUGAGGGACUAAUGAGGUGAUGGGCUGCAGGUGAGAAGGGCGUGAGGACCAGGUGAAGGGAAUGAGGGACAAUCAGGUGAGGAUGACAGGAUCUGGAAUGACAGGAGAGUUAAUGAAACAUGUAAGCAGGACGAAUUUAACUAGGAAGGUGGGGAAUUCGUGACAAAAAUGCUAUUUCCUUAACUUGAUUAUUCCUGAAACUGCUGAGAUAUAUAAUACUUGUGUUCCUAUAAAUCAAAGUUUCCUUUUGACCUGAUGGCUGCGAAAUAAAUUAAGUAGCUGAGAAAAUCUAUAGGUCAUAAAAAAGGAAACUGAGGGGAAAAUGAUGGAAAUCUAAGAAGUAAAUGUGAAUGUUGAGAGCUUGGAGAGGUGGUCCUAUAUCAGAUGUCACAUGUACACACACACACACACACACACACACACACACACAGUGCACAUAUUGACAGAUCAGGAAGUGUUCUGUCACUCUGAUUGCGCUGAUUUCGCAGACUGCUGCUGCCGCUGCUGUCUGCCUCCAUUUACACAUCAGAUCUGAGGUGUGACUCUCAUCUCAGACACCUGCUGAAGAUCUCUGCCCUCCUGGACCAGCACAUGGACACAGACGCAUCCGGACAGCAUGGGCUCCAGACUGAAAGAAAACCCUGAGCGAACCUUCUACUGGUUCUUUGAAGCAGCGUGCCCCGUAGCCCGAGACAAAGAUCCUGGUGUACUGUUUCAGUUUCCAGAGGACUUCAGUGAUGAGGAGUCUUGUCAAAUGUUACCCAGGUUCUGCUUCCCAUAUGACAUCCAAAGAGUGAGGGAGGGAGCGGCCGUGCAGCAAUUCACUUUUGUUUUGACCGACCUCGAGGGAUGCCAGCGGUUUGGCUUUUGCCGUCUCACCAACAACACAAACACCUGCCUUUGCAUCCUGAGUUAUCUUCCGUGGUUUGAAGUGUUUUACAAACUUCUCAACAACUUGGCGGAUUACCUCACAAAAGGACAGACCAAUGAGAUGAAAGCGCUGCUGGCGGCCCUCUACAAGCAGCCCUUACCCCCGGCAGCUGGAUCUGUCACUCUGCAGAUGGGAGAGCAGCUAUUGGUCAGCACAGAGGGGUCCCCUCCUGUUGGACACCCAAAGGGACAAGAGGGGGUUCCAUACUUCAUUGCUCCAGACCCCAGAAGUCUCCCUUCCAUCCCUGAAAAUAGGAACCUGACGGAGCUGAUCGUGGCAGUCGAUGUGGGCAACCUGCUGCAGCUCUAUGCCAGCACGCUGUUUGAGAGACGCAUCCUCAUCUUUGCCAGCAAACUCAGCACUCUGACGUCUUGCGUGCAUGCACUCAGUGCGGUGUUGUACCCGAUGUACUGGCAACACAUCUUCAUCCCUGUCCUGCCACCCCACCUGCUGGACUACUGCUGUGCACCGAUGCCGUACCUCAUCGGGGUCCACGCCAGCCUAUCGGAGAGGGUGAGGAGUCGUGGGUUGGAGGAAGUCGUCAUUCUGAAUGUGGACACAAACACUCUGGAAACUCCCUUUGAAGACCUGAAAAGGAUUCCUUCAGACGUGGUGUCCGGGUUGAAGGCGUGUUUGAAGCGCCAGGCCGUGUCUCCUGGCUGCGGGGUCUCAAGGGCCUUCCUGAAAGCUCAGGCUCUGCUGUUCGGAGGCUACAGGGAUGCGCUGCAGGGUCAAAAGGAGGGUGAGGUGUGGUUCAGCGAGGAGCUGUUUGUAGAUCACAAGUCUGCCAGCAUGAGGCAGUUCCUACAGAGUGCCAUUCAUUUGCAGUCCUUCAAACAGUUCAUUGACGGCCGCCUGGAUAUUCUGAACGAAGAGAAGGAACCAGAUGAUCUCUUUGAGGAGGAGAUAUUAAAGUGUGAAGCAGCUGCAGGAAGAAGCAAAUCCUAUCAACAGUUAGUUGGUAACUUAAAGAAAGGGGGAGGAGCGCUGAUCCUGAACAUGAAGUCCAAAGCAAACAUGAGGGCCAAAGGUCUCACCAAGUCUGGUUUGAAAAACCUGCUGAUGCACAAGGCUCACAAUGAAGAACACACCCUUCAGAGAGGAGGGUCUGUGUCGCACCGCCGUGCCCAAUCUGACUGCUUGCAGAACCGCCUGCCAAUCACGCCACACUUCGGGAGGUCUCGCCCCCGUCGGCCCGGUAACAACCUGAGGGCUCCCAGAGAUGAGGAAGACAUGCAGGACACUGGAGACCCGUGGGCCGGAGCUGUGUCUGAGCCCGCGGUCCAUCCUGACUCUGAGCGCCAGGAGGAUGAAGAGGAGGACGAUUCACCGCUGUGUGACCCGGAGGAGAUGGAUCUGCUGGGCGAGAUCUUUGACACGCUCGGCUCGCGGAGCUCCCACGAACGAGGCCUGCUGUACGGGACACGCAGCCUGGAUCUGUUCGCACCGGACAGCCAUGACUAUAUCACAAAGGGCCGUUUUCCAGCCAACCCGAGCCAGGAGAGCCUGUCUCUGUCCAUCAGCGGCAGCCUCCACAGCUGGAAUCAGGAAACCACCGAGGAGCUGUCAGACCUGACGGAGGACUCUGAUUGGCUGUGCCUGGCACCAGAGGAGGAGGGGACAGACAGUCUGCUGGCAGUGUGUGAAGUGGGGGAGCAAGAAAUCAGAGAAAGGGAGGUCAGAGAGGAACAGGAAGAAGUCAAGGUAGCAACAAAUGGGAAACAAGAGGAAGAAAUAGACGACGGGUGGAAUAACUGUGAGGAAGUGAGGUUAGAGGUGAAGACGGAGGGUCGAGAAGAAAAGAGAGCGAGUUUAGGAGAGGACCCCGGAAAAGAAGUGGCUGAUGAACGAUUGAGAGAAAUGGAGGACGUGCAAAAUCCAAAUAAGGAGGUAGAAAACGAAAUGAGGGAAAUGCAGAAAAACAAAGCAAGAGAAGAAGAGGAGAAAGAAACGCAGGAGGAGAAAGGUAAAGAGGUGACUUCAAACACAUUUAUAAAAACGAUUCCCUUUCCCCUCAACCCCGAGGAGGACAAUCUGAAACCCACAGCUCCUCCUGGGCCUCGGAGUCUCACUGUGGACCCUCCAGCUCAGAGGAAAAGGAGGGAAGGAGCAGGAGCGAAAGAGGAGCAGGAGAAGAGGCAGAGCCCCUCUCCUCCGAAAGAGCUCCCUGCUGUCGCACGCUUCCAGUCUCCGGCGUCCGGGACCGCCGAGCCGGCCGGACCGGGGAGACCCUGCAGCUCGCCGUGUGACUCAGAUACACCCGAGGAGAGGAGACGCUCAGAGGGCCACGAGGACGAGGACCUGCCUCCGAGCAAAGUGUCUGAACUGAAGAAGCGAUUUGAAGCUUAGAAGAUAAGACUUUGAAGAAGUUUGAGUUCUUGCUUUCAACAAAUCCCACAAAAGCACCAGAAUAGAGCUAUAUGGUCUGUUCUAUAUCACUUUUUUCAGUGAUAUAUUUUUGCAGCCAAGUACCCAUUUGUGGGUAAACACACAGCGCUGUGCCGUCAGUGUCCGAUUUAAUAUUGAGUAGAUAUACAAUUCUGUUUAUGAACUUGCACUAUUUUUGAAAUGACUUAUUUAAUGGUUGCGAAUUUUAAAUAUUUGUUUACAAAUCUCACAUACCCCCUGGAGUGCCUUCACACACCCCCAGGGGUACACUCCCCCCCCCCAUUAGAGAACCACUGUCUCAGAUAAUGUAAAGUGGGUCACACAUAUGCAGCUUUAAGCAAAUGUGUAUGAAUAUUGUAUACUUAAUGAAGUAACCUGCAGUUCAAUUUAAAGUGAUUAUGCAGCACAGUUGAAAAUAAGAGUUCAACAGCGAGGAUAAGUCACGUUUUGCAUAUCAGCUGUACCGUGUAAUGACCCCAUCAGUCACUAAUACGUGAACAUGUGUCUGCUUGUGUGAGAGAAAUGCUCCAUCAGCAAAAAAACUGACAAAUUAAGCUAAUUAUUGCAUUUGUGGUAAGUCGUCACACAAUCUGAAUAACUUAAAACAUAAAGUAAAAAUGUUCGACGUCUAAAAUCCAUUCAAUGAUUUCAAUGAUCCAGGAUGAAGGCGGCAAAGGAAUGUGCACAUUACAGAUUUAUUAACGGAACACCUUGUGGACAAUACAUACUUUUUUUCCUUUUUAAAUUUAACUUCUUGACAUAAAAGUGCAUCACAGUCAACAGUGUUUUAAUCAAUAUUCUUAAUUAGUGCACAUAGUGUAAAACAAUUUAUGUUAUAUAUAUAUAUAAAUACAGUAGAGUAAAAAUAUACCAACAUCUGUACAAAUACAAAAUAAAUUCAGCUCAUGUUCCUUA